AUUGCCGUUCGUCGUUGCGAACAUGUGUUCUUAAGAUUAAAAGUAAAUAGUUUUAUAUUUUACUCAGUAUGACUAUGAAUACAAAUAAAAAUAAAUCAAAAAAACGAAAAGUGAAAACUACUCAAAACGAAAAUGGAAAAAAGGCGAAACGCGUAAAAGUUUUGGAAAAUUCAAAUGAAGGGAUUGAAAACCAUGCUCUUGAAGAAAAUCAGGCCGAAAGUACUAUGGAAAUAGACAACGAACAUGUUCCCGCAAUCAUUGAAGAUACAGAAGAGGAAAUUAAAUUUCCCAAAGAUUUUAAUAUAACAACUUUUCGAGAGAAGUUGCGUGGAACUAACUUCAUUUCAGAAUUAAGACAUUUUUUACAUUUAGCCAAAAAAAAUGAAAACUUUAUUAGUAAAUAUAUGAGUAAGAAGGGAAAACCCUUAGAAUUAGUUGAAGCAUUGGAAAGAAUUGACAAAACACAUCUUCAUCAUGUGUCAUAUAUUUGCGAUGCAUUUCAAAUGGUUUUGAUGAAAAUUUUAGCAGAUAAAAAAGAGUACACUUUAAGUGCCAUCAAUGCAUCAAGAUAUUUUUUAAAAAGUCAUAGUCAAAUAAUUGAAAAAUUAUUAAAAUCGCCAAGUCAAUAUCAUAGAACAAUAAUUUUGAAACUACUUACAGCAAUAGUAUGUUUGGAACCUGAGCUUGGUAGACAAAUAUUAAGUUGCCUUGAGUUUUUAUUAAAUACUAAAGUUAUUGAAAAAUUAUUAUCGCAUUCAACAUUGAAGCAAAAUGAAAAUGAAAGUGUUCGUAAAUCAUUUAUUCAUUUUAUUUUAUCAUAUUUGAUUGAUGGAAAUAUAGUUUUAAUUAGAAAUAUUAUGGAUAAACGACAUUUAUUCAAAGCCUUACUGUCUGGACUCAUAAAUGAUGAUAGUGUUACGAUAUGCGUUGUUUUAAAUACUAUAAAAAAAUUUGUUUUAGAAAAUCCAGAUGUAUUAAAAACAAAAAAAGUAUACUUAUUUGAUUCUCAAUCUUUGAAUGAUUUAGCACAUUUAUACAACUGGCCUAAAGAUAACAUUGGCAAGGCAAACAAAAAAAUAAUUGAAGAUAAUGAAAAUUUGGCUAAAGAUGAAAAUAUUGAAAAAAAUAAUGAAAAAAUUAAUGGUGAUAAACUUCAAGUCAGGGAAGCUGUUCAUGAAUUUCUUUCUGUCUUAUUAACAUCUCGAAAAUAUGGUUUGGCAUUUGAUUCAAUGACAAAUUAUAAACAAAAAAAAAAUCAAUUACAGAAGAAAUUUUUGAAGUCAUUAAAAUAUCCAUGGAUGGAUGAUAUGAAAACAGAAUUAGUUAUCAAUAUAUUAAAAACGUGUCCAGAUAUUGCUAGAAGUAUAAUAAGAUUUUACGGACCAUACGUAAAUCCAUAUAAAACAGCAAAAGCCUUUUGGUUAAACGUUGUUGAUUUCAUCAGAAAAUUGAUUUUAGCUUGUGCACCAUCCAUAUUCCAUAAAAUAUUAGAUAAGAUAAGCUUGAACGAUUAUACAUUUUUAAUAAAAGACAUUUGUUUAAGUCCAGAAAUAUUAGUACAUCUAAAGGGAGACAUGUUCUUGUUUUCAGAUAAUUUUGAGUUACGGUUUGAAACUUCAAAGUUGUUGCUGACUAUGUUUCAGCAGUUUUGUAAUUAUAUGUUUGCUAUACUUGAUCGUGAAAAGUAUAAAGGCAGUGACAUGAAACGUUUUAAAUUGGAUUUAAUAAAUUUCAUAUCUGUAAAUUUUCCAACAAUGGAAAAUAUCUUACAGUCGUCGUUUCAAACUACGAGAACUUUGGAUUUCGAUAAUCCAAGGCAAAUGGAAUAUUUAGACGUAAUAUUGGACUUAGUUCUCUUAGUUGCAACUCAUCAUCGUACAUUUUUCAAUAAAUCAGGUUUGAUUAUAGAUUAUAUGACCUUUCUUGAUCCCAUUUUUAACUCAGAUGAACUGGGAACUAAAAACAUUAAAUUAGAAUUAAAAGCCAUCAAAACUAUAUUACUAUUAACACCUUUAAAAUUAUCACCAGAUCAAAAGAUUUUUGAACGGAUUUUAAAAUGUUUUGUUAAUGUUUUUGUUAAUGGCGAAAAAGAAAUGCAAAAGGAAGCUGGAAAUGUAUUGCGUAGUAUAUUUAUUAACACAAAGUUUUUUUCUGAAACAAAUAAACUUGAGAUUGAUAUAUGGUUGCAAGCUUUAAAAUUAUGUGAUCCUGCAGAUGUUGAUCUUUUAAUAUUUAUGUUUUAUGCUUGCUUUCAAGUACCUUUAAAAGAAGUCGAAGAAGAAAUAAAUGAUAAUAUUUCCAAUGUAGAGCAUUCAAAAUUCGAAAAAGUUUCCGAUUUAAAAAUGCUCUUCGAAAAAAUUGAAAGUGGAGAGGCUGUCGAAGGUUAUGUAGAACCUUUAAGUUUAAGUGUUCUUCUCCAUUUUAUAUAUCUGAAAAUUGAUCAGGAUGAGGAAAUUAUCAAAUUCUUAGAUAUGGUAUCACUUUUAUUAUUUCAUUAUCAUCCAUUUCCCGAAUCCAUUUACGAAGUAUAUUCUAACAAUUCUCAGAAUGAGGCAAAUAAAUAUUAUAUGAAAAAGAUUCUAAAAAAAAAUAAAGUUGAAGCGAUUCCAGGUACUGGAGAAAUUCCGUUUUAUAAUAGGAUUCAAGAAGCAAUUUUAAAAGGAGACUUAGUAUUUUUUGAACUUUUUCAAGAUACUACUGGAAAAGGUAAAAUAAACAUUUUGAAUGGUACUAAAGAACAUAUUUUAAUUGAUAUUAUUGAAAACGAGCGUCUAAUACUGCUUUAUAUAUAUUUAACAAUUUUUACAACCUUACAUCUUGUUGAAGGUGAACGUUUUAAAGAAAAUAAUGCAAAAGCAAGUCAUCAAUUUUUAAAAUAUUUUCUUAAAAUUUUACAUCUAUUGGAUAGUGAUAAAGGAACAUCAUUCAAAGGUGUCAUAUUUGGAGAUGGUGAUUUAUUCCCAAAAACUGAUAUAUUUUAUUUGAAAGAAAUUUUGAAAUACAUAUAUUCAAGUCACAUACAUUUAAUUCAAGAUUUUGAUGUGUUUGCGGAAACAGAAUCGAAACAAAAUUUUUUAUUACUAUUAUGUGAUUUGACGAACUCUGUAACAGAACUAAUUGGUGAUGAAGUUAAUGAAUUUCUAAUAAAUUUUCAACAAAAAAUUGUUCAUGAGAUUGGAGUUCAAGUUAAAAAAACAAUGAAAAAUAAAACAAAACCAAAAUCUGAAUUGAUUACAAAUGUUAUAGAAAGUUUUCGAAUGACAAAUGAUCAAUGUGUUGAAAUAUUAAAAUGCAUUUGUCAUUUAAGUCAUGAAGAUUUUGUUGAUAAAACCGAAAUCCAGAAUAAAUCUGUAUAUUUUGAAAUUUUAUGCACUACAUUAAAUCGAAUAUCCGCAUUAAGAGAAGGAAUGUAUGACAAAAAUUUAUGUAUAAAACUUUCCAACAUAUAUAUUGAAUUACUUAAUGAAAAUAAUGAUUUUGAAAAAAAUUUAGAGAAAUUUGAGGAAUCUUUUUAUAAUUUAUUGGUAAUAUCACACCAGUGUAUCGAUAUAUUCCCGGAUAGACUAUUUAAACUAUUUUUUGAUUGUAAGAAACUUACGAAAAGUGCAAUCAAAUUAGCUGUUUUAAUGUUAGAGAGAAAUCCGAAAUUGCAAAGUAUAUUCUUAGAUAACAUAGAAAAGAAUUUAUUUAAAAAGGAAAUUAUAUAUCCGUUAUUAAAAAUUUUAAUCCACCAAAAUCCAAGUUUUAAAAUUAAUAAUAAGUUGUUAAAAGAAAUUUAUCAAGAGUUUAAAAAUGGAUUUAUGAAAACUAUAGAAAAACCUCAAAAAUCAGGUGUAAUUUAUAAAGAAAAUGUAGAAGUAUCAAUAUAUCUUGUAAAUGAAGUAAUGCCUAUAAAUGAAUGUGUGGACUUUUCUAAAAAAAUUGUGAAAACGGAUACAGUUGAAAUAUAUCAAAUUAAAUUAUUAAAUGCUAUUUUUGGCAAAGCUAUUCAAUCCUUACACUGCAACUCUGAUGAAUACAAAUCAAUUUUUGCAAAUUUCCUAAAUAACUGCCUACAACUGUAUAAUAUAAUAUUUAGGCGAGAUAGUUUUGAUGAAAAAAAAAUUGACUAUUUAAAUUACUCCAUAUAUAACGGGAUGGAAUCAUAUUUCCGAAAAUAUAACAAUAAUGAGUUAAUUGAUUUUAAUAUGAUCAAAGAAUCGCAAUAUUGGCCAGCGUUUUACAAAAAUUGUUUAAAAUAUGGUAUACAAAAAGCAAAUGAUCUUCUGGAAGAUAAAAUAAAUUCGAGUAUUUUAAAAAUAUUAGCAUAUUUGAGCUCAUUUAUAUUUAGUAAAGUAGAAUGUGAAAAUGAUGAAACUAAGCAAAUUUUUGACAUGAUUUUAUCACAUUCUAAAUUCACUGAUAUUGUUUUUGAUAAUACGCAAAGUGAAACAAAAACACAAAUUUUUAAUUUACUUUUAAUUUUAGUUCAGAAAAAUGUAAAAAUCUUAAAUAAAAAACAUAUACCAAUAUUUUUGGGUUCCUACAAUGCAAAAUUAUGUAAAUCUGAUAGAUACAUUUUAGCAUUAAUUCAAUAUUAUGAGAAAAAUGAAGUAAAUUUAUACGAAUUUAGACCAUUUGUAUGGGGUGAAACAGCUGUCUCACAUUAUUCUUUAGGAAAAGUUGACGCCACAACUUUAGAGCAGCAAGAGCUUACAGUUGAUCAAGUAAUGUCAUUAAUAGAUCGAUUUACAAGUGAAUUUACUAUAGAAAACUUUCCAGUUUGGAGGAAACUCAAUACUUUGAAACAAUUGCCAGCAGUAGUGUUUGAUAAUCCAGAAAAUUUAGUUUCGAAUUUCGGUUCCAAUGCUGUUGAAAAGGAAAUUGAAAACUUCUUAUUUGCAGGUUACAAUAACAAAAACGAUAGCAAAAUUGAUAAUUCUCUACUAAAAUUAUGUUUAAAAAGAGAUAUUCUUUAUGAAAAUUGUUAUGAUCCAGCAUUUAUGAUACCACUUAUGUGUAUGUGUUUUGCCCCAGAAAUACAAUCUCAACCAGUGCGACCUGUUCAAAAUGGACUUUUGAGUAUUCUAUUUGCAGCUUUGUCAAGUCAUGAUAAAGAAAUGCGUUUGGCAGCAGGAUGUUGUCAACUUCGUUAUAGGCAGCAUAUUGAAAGUAAAAAAUUUUUUGAUCAACCAUUAUGGAUUCAGGCAUACGAUAAUAUUCAGAAUGGAUUAAAUCAAUUACAAAUUAAUUGGAUUAAGCAUAAAAAGAAUGGUAUUCCUAAAGUUCCCUAUAUAUCAGGAUUAUUUUUAGCUAGAGCUGUAAAUUUGUUAAUAACACCAACAGAUUCACUUUAUAAAACAAUUGUAAUGUACUUACGUUUAAAAGAAACUUUUGAUUUCUUAUGUGUACCAGAAUUUAAUGUUCUCUUUCAUAAUUCUGAAGUUAAUCAUACGCUAUUUCAAAAAUUUAUUUUACAAGUAAUUAAGGAUGGAAUAAAAUCUAGUUCAGAUUUGGUUAUAUUAAUAACAAAUAAUAUUUUUAAAGCUUUAAUGGGCUUCUAUUUUAGUGUUAUGACUAAUUUAGAUUUAAAUUUACAAAUUUUAUCAAUAAUAUCAAUUUGUUGUAAAAUUCCAGCAUCAAGUAAGAUCUUAAUAGAUUAUAUUGGUAUAUUACCAUGGCUUAAUAGUGUUAUAGAAGAAAUAGAAUAUUAUAAAUUUGAUACCAUCGAAGCAGUUAUUAGUAUCAUCAAUAAUUUAUGGUUUUCAAUAAAAAUAAGAGAAGCAGAAUUUUAUAAUUUUCAACAUCUGGAAACAGUUAUAUUUAAGUUAUUGAUAAAGUUAAGCUCACAUAUUACUUCGCGUAUUUCAUUAAAUAAUUUUGCUAGAUAUUUAAAUAUUUUACAAAAGUCGGCUGGAAAAAAUCACAAAUCUUUAACAGAAGAAAAUUUAAAUAGAUUAUUAUUAUGUGCUCAGAAACAUUACAAAAAAGAUAUUUGGAGAAUUCUAAAUAUAAAAAAAUAUGGUCCUGUUGGUGUUGAAAGUAAAGAAUGUUUUUUAAGACGUUUAAAAGAUGAUAAUAGUUAUGAUGAUUAUGGACAAUUAGCUUUGCUAAGUUUAAGGGAAUUUAUUAUAAAUUGGAGUCAAGAUCAAAAUUGAUAAGAGAAAUUAAUUAUGUUUUUUUUAUAUCAUGAAAGAAAUUUUAUAUAUGAUGUGUAAUAAAAUAUAAAGUUGU